AUGGCGCCCGACGCUACUGGCCUCCAACCUGGAUGCACAUACCGCGUGGGCCUCCUGGAGUACACCCUGGAGAAGGCUUGGUUCUGCCAGUUCUGCGUUGGUAUUUUGAUCUGCGUGAGCAAUGGUGCCUGCUUCUGCUUUUCCAUCUUCAGCCCCUUCAUGAAGGGCGAGGGUUUCAGGUACAGCCAGUUUGAGAUCGAUGCCAUCUCCACUGUCGGAGUCCUCCUCAGCUACUUUUCGAUGCCAACGGGCUUCUUGUAUGACCGCAAAGGCCCGGCCGCCACGUUGCUUGUCGGGACACUGCUCAACAUCACAGGCUGGGCAGGCAUGUCCUUGAUUUUCAGCGGUGUGCUCUCCCACAGCCCGGCCGUCAUGGCGAUCUUCUACGGUCUAUCGCAGCUUUCCGCAAGCUUCUAUGAGACCGGCAGCAUACUCACUAACUUGAGGUCCUUCUCCUGCUACCAAGGGCGCGUCAUUUUGAUUCAGAAGACCUUCAUGGGCCUUGGCAGCUCCCUCGUGGCGCAGGUCUACAUCGCCUUCUUCGAAAAGACCCUUUCCGGUAUUGCGCCCUUCUUCCUCUUUCUAGUGUUGUACUCCGGCUUUGCGGGGACUUUAGGUGUGCUGUAUUUGCGUCUACCGACGCCUGCGACGCGCUGUGUUGGCAUCAACAUCGAGGACGCCGACACCCGCGCCCGCGGUGGUGGUGAGCCGCGCAUGUUCGCGCUCCCCUUCAACGUCGGCACCUCCAUCCUCUGCUUCAGCGUGGCCUUCAUUUUGCUCGCCUCGCUCAUAGAAAACUAUGUUCAUCCCUUGAGCAAUGAAUGGCGCGUGGCCAUUGGGCUUGCCACGGUCGGCCUCUGCGUCUCCUUCACUGCUAUGAUCUUCACCACACCGAACUACGAAGUGAACCGACGCCGCGAUGCGGGCGACGCAGACACGGGUGGCAUUGACGACAAGGCAUCAGCCUUGGAUGCCUCCACGGCUCUCUUGCCGCCGACGGCAGCUAAGGCCCGAAGCGUCGCUGCCAUGGCCACGGAGGAUGGCCGCUGCUCCGCCCUGAAGGACGAUCUUGACGCAUGCGGUGGGCCGAUGGUUAAUGCGGCUCCACCUGCUGGGGUGACAGAUCUAUCAACGACUACAGCGACGCUUGACCCAGCUCUGCCAGCACAACCGCCCCUGGGACCCAGUGUCGCCGGUGAAGACUCCCAGGAGGGCCUUGGUAUGUUGAACGAUAAAACCUUGUGGGAAAACCUACGGCACUGCGAGCUGUGGCUGCUGUGGUUCGUCUGCUUUGGGGCGUGGAGUGCCAUGACGGUGGUGUCGUCUAACAGCACCCACAUCUACCAAUCUAUUGCACGCGGCUCCUUCUCUCUCACCGUCAACACCGUUUUUGUGUCGAUCUACGGCGUGGCGAGCGCGCUGGGUCGCAUCCUUGUCGGCGCUCUCUACCCACGGAUGGCACAGCUGCGAAUCCACGUGGCAGCGCUGCUGCUGGUCGCGCCGCUUCUCAAUGCCAUCGGACUGCUGCUCUUCCUCGUCUCCUCGGAUCGUGUCCUGUUUGUGCCGUUUUUCGUGGUGGGCCUUGCCGUAGGUUUCUCGUGGGGGAGUACGGUGCUCACCGUCACGUCCGUCUUCACCCCGUCGAACUGCGGCAAGCAUUACAGCUUUCUGUACACUGCGGGCAUGCUUUCACCCAUCAUCUUCAAUAUGGCGCUCUUCGGCCCCGUGUACGAUCAUUACCAAGCAAAGCAGGGGCACGAGAAGGAUGGCUUCUGCGAGGGCGUGGUAUGCAUCGCUGUGCCGUUGGUGGUGUGUAUGGUGGUGAACAUGUUUGCCGUGAUGUCGGCAUACGUGUUUUACAAGUGCAUCACAGCGCGUCGCUAG